ACAGAGACAGAAGUCGCCGUCCUGAGUAUUUCUGUGCUUAUUUAUCACAACUUAUCGUCAUGGAAUACUACUGGACAAUCUUCCUGUUUGCAGCCUUUGGUAGAACUCAUGGUGACUGCGGUGCGCCUCCCAGACUGCAGUUUGGGGAGCUCGACACACAAUUCAUUGACCAAGAUAAUUUUUCUACUGGUGCAGCCGUAACUUAUAAGUGCAGAUCUGGAUUUACUAGAGCUCAAGGAACCAACAAUUCUAUAACUUGCUUAAGUAACUCCACAUGGUCCACUCCUGAAGAGUUCUGCACACGACGAUCAUGUGGGAAUCCCGGUGAUUUACAACAUGGAACAGUGUCCUUUCCAGAUACGCUGUUUGGAGCUAGAGCAACCUAUACUUGUAAUCUUGGGUACAACAUGAUAUCUAGAAGGAAUUUUAGAGAAUGUCAGAACGAUGGAACAUGGAGUAAUGAGGUCCCUGUAUGUGAAGUUCAGACCUGCCCCCCCCCAAAUGCGAUUACAGAUGGGUCGUUUAGUCCAGAUAAUGAGGAGUACGAGUACUUGAAUGCUGUGACUUAUCAAUGUAAAGAUAAGACAUACGCACUUAUUGGAGAAAGGACUCUAUCUUGCACAGAGCAUGGAAACUGGAGUGCGGAUCCUCCACAAUGCAAAGCGGUGGAAUGCUCAGUUCCAAGUGUUGACAAUGCAGAAAAAGUAUCUGGAUUUUCUGGCCCCUACCACCUAAAUAAUGCUGUUGAAUUUCGGUGUUUACCAGGCUACACUAUGGUUGGAUCGGCCUCUGUCAAAUGUAAUGUUAGUAGUGAGUGGGAACCUGCUCUACCUACCUGCAGCAGAAUUGUUACUCAGAGUCCAACAACAACGGAAAAGGAGACUGAAUUGGGAGGCUCAACUACCACGCAAAAACCAUCAACUACUAAGGGGAAAGAUGAGAACAAUGGAGGUUCAACUGUUACUAAAAACACGACUAAGCAGAAGGAUGAGACGACUGGAGGGGGAAAUAACACUGGUGCUGUCGUGGGAGGAGUUAUCGCUGGAAUUGUUGGAAUUCUGGUUACAGCAGCAGUUAUUUAUAUGUGCUGGUAUAAGAAAAGAAAAGGUGAUGGUUAUGUAGGUCCAACCCGAAACAACGUUGACGGUGGCACAUCAAGUAGCCAUCAGACACCUAUAGAGCAGUGUGAUAUGAAGGAGAUAGAAGCACAGGAAACGCGCUAAUAAUCUUCAUUAUGUCAGUUAUGGCAUUUGUGAUGAAUAAUGGCUUCUAAGAAUUUGGUAUCUACACGUGUGGCUUAGCUUACAACUAGUCCUUCAUGCUUGAAGAAAAUGCUGCCAUGGAGGCUCCUUCAGACUUUUUCAAAUAUGCCUUUUGAAUUGACUAGUUUAACCCAACCUCCUUGCCUUAAAUGCACAUGAAAGUCUAAUAUCAUUCUUCAUUGUGAUAGGAAAGCUAGAUCAAUGCCCAUGGUUGCUUUUCCUGACUAAAGACUUGAGUUUUAUGAUUGCACACUUUGCACGUGGAAAGGGGGGAAUAUGAAGACUGUGAAUCAACUUUUUGUUUCUAUCACUUGGAUCAUCAGUGCAGGAUAUUGAAGAUAUAAAGAUAAGAUAUUUUUUUAUAGGAAUUAAAAGUAUUUUUUAUUGUUUAUUCUAAAGGGAUUUUAUACUUUAGUGUUUCCUAAAUGGUCAUUUCAACUAACUUUGCAUGAAUCGGUACAGGUAAAUUUCACUUCCUGCCAUAAACUGAGAACAGGAAGUGAAAUGGAUAUUGAGUUUAUUAGGUUUAAAGUAAUUUUAUCCCAGAAAGUUCCAACAAGAUGCUAUUUUUUUUAGUAGUGAUGAGAGAAUUGAUUUGCCUGCGCUGCUCAAAUAGGCUGAUUUUUGAACCAAUUCAAUUUGUAUGAAUCGCUUCCACUAGUAGGUAGAAUAUAUUGUGUUUCAAUAAGAAAAAGUUCAAGGUCAUAAUUUGAUUGCACUGUUCAGAAAACUUAUCCUACAGGCCAUGAUUAUCCAUGUAUCUCAUCAUCACGGGGUAUUGGGAUGAAUUAGCAAUAUUUAAUGCUUCACUUAAAGCAGCUCUGUCACAUGGAUCAACCCUAUACAACCAGGUAUAUAGCCUGGAAGGGUUGCUGACACUGAUUAAAACGAUACAUAUCUUUAGGUAGUAGCGUUGUGGAGAAGUUUAAACUUUAAUCAAUAUGCUAAUGAGCUAUUGGAGCACCAAGAGGCGGGCUUAUGCGGUUUGAGCACUGCUCUAGCACUGUCACUGGUGCUCCAUACAGCCGCCCCCUCCCUUUAGAUUGACAGCCUGCGCACUAGCUCACUACAACGGCACGUAAGCACAACAUCUUUGGCUUCAUCGGCAUGAAGCGAAGAUGCAUGUUCAUGUCGCUGAACUCAGAAGUGGCGGCUCAAUCGGCUUGAAGCCUAGACAGGCAGGGAUCUGACCUCUGGUCUAGUGCUGUCAAUCUAAAGGGAGGGGGGCAUGAUAUGCCUGGUUGUAUAGGGUUGAUCUCAGUGACAGAGCCCCUUUUAAGAGUCUUUUUGUAGUAAAGAUUAGGACCAUCUAGUGA